CGUCAACAUAUGGUUUCAGCACACACAGAUUUCAGCAGAACUUAGCAAAAAGUAAGUUACUGCUGAUGUUGUGCGCAUCAUUCCCAUUGAUGGCAGACAAAUUAGUGAUCUACAAGGACUGAGAUCACGAGAACAUCAGGCACAACAUGGCGCAGCCACUCAGAGGAAUCACUGAAAUCUUCAUAGUGUGAUAUUUGCAUCAGCAAGGCCGUUUUAUAAAUAUCUUGCAUCUGAUGAGUGACGGUCGUACCAGAACAGAUCAUACUUUACAUGACAAAUAUCUGUGCAAUUACUUAGUGUAAGAUUAUGAUUUGACCUGAACCAGAUUUAACACGCAGAAGAAACAGAAACAAGACAAGUAAUUUUUGUGUCAUGAACAUUGUGUAAAAGUUAACAUCUCCAUUUGUUACAAUGGACCCAAAAGGUCAAUUUAUUGACAUCUGAAAACCAACAGUACCGACAUUAUGUCAGCACUGCAAGACUGUAAGAACAGCUCAGAUAUUUUAGACUGUUGAAGAUGGCGGCAGGGGCAGCUGAUGUCCACAGUAUAGUGACCCAGGCCAGACGGGAGAGACACCUGAUUCUGAACCUGAACUACAGUCACCUCAGCACACUUCCUGCAGAGCUGGUGCAGGGAGAAGCUUUCACCUUCCUGGAGAGACUGUUUGUGAAGAGGAAUGUCCUGGUCUCACUGCCAUUCAACAUUGCUGAGACACUGCCAAAUCUAGUUGAAUUGUAUUUGCAUUCAAACAACCUAGUAGCACUACCCGAUGAAAUUGGAAAUUUGCAGAGACUGAAGUCCUUGGACGUCAGCUGUAACAACCUGCAGGUGCUGAGUUCAGCUGUAGGCAGGCUGCAGGUGCUCCAGACGCUCCACCUGGCCGACAACAGCCUGCUGGAGCUCCCGGCUGAACUGGGGCAGCUGAAGAAGCUGCAGACGCUGGACGUGAUGCUGAACAAGCUGGCUGUCCUGCCCAGGGAGCUGUGUGGCUGUGAGGCGCUGCAAUGUCUCAUGGUGGACAGGAACAGGCUCAUCAGUCUGCCCAGAGAGCUGGUCCUGUUGCAGAGACUGAGUGAAUUGUCAGCUGCUAGUAAUCAGCUCACAUAUCUUCCUGCAGACCUGGGCUGGACUGACUCCCUACAGUAUGUGUACGUGGACAAAAAUGCUAACCUCCGAAGUAUUCCUGUCAGCCUGUGGUUGAAAGUGGUGGGCUGCAAUGGGUGUGGUGUUAAGAGUCUAACUGAAGAAGAUGACAAGACUGAACGUAGGAACUCCUUCCAGUGUGGAAAGCACACCAGCGUGUUCUUCCCUCCAGAAAUAAGGACCAUCCGAGAUGCCCCUGACCCCUGCCAUGUAUCAUCAUUGCUAGAACUGUCCCUGAGGGUGGUGCACGACAACCAAAGGCAAGGUGUGGUGGUGAGCCAAGAGGACCUGCCCCCUGACCUGCACAGUCUGGUCACCCUUCCCAGUGGCCACUGCUGCCAGUGUUGCAGACCGUUCUUCACGCAGGUGUACGCCAAGUUCUACCCCGUCCGAGAACUCGACGCAGAAAACAACCUCCACGCUGGCAGUGAGUUGGUCUUCCUUGCGUCUUGCUGUUCAAAAACAUGUCUGCUUUCUUACUCUCUACCGGUCAGAUUUGUUUGAUUAAAAUGUACAGUACAUACAGUAUGGAAAAUGGUUACUAGAGUACUGUGCUGAGUCACUACUGACUGAGGGAAUUCAAUGUCCUUUAACUUAAGUUGAUAUAAUGGAUUUAUUUAAGGUCCUUGUAACAAUUUUAUGUGCAGACAAAUAAGAACACGGACUGCUAGUAACAUACUGUAGAAAAUGAGAAAAAAGUCGUCAAUCCUUGUGCACUUGUGUGUGCAUUUAAGUUUUAUAAGAUAUGUUAUAUAUGUUAUAUAUUGAAUGUCUUUGACGGAAAAUCUAAUUCUAACUUAAAUCAGCUACUAUGAAAUUUAAUCGUCAUGUUCUAAAAGUUGAAACAUCAAAUGGUGUUGCAAUAAAAAGAUUUUGUAUAUUACACAUUGUAUUAAGUAUUGGAACCUGGUGCACCUUAUACAGCUAACAGAGUCCCCUUCCAGGAAGAAGUGUUUUUUUCUAAUGCUUUCAUUAGUGUGAUAUCAGACUGACUAUUAGGUUGGAAAUCAAGUACCCCAGGCUACCUCUUUGUACUGUCAAGUAAGCCAAUUAUUGGACUGCUACGUAUCCUCUGGCUAACUCUUCCACAGGAAGGCAGAAUUUACUUACCGGUUGCUGCCAAUUACACAACAUGUCGCUUCAAGGAAAAUCAGUCUUGUUUUCGAUCUGGUUCAGUUAUGAUCCAUUUCUCCAUGGUUACUGCAGGCAGAAUAGAUUUUGCUCAAUUUACAGAUGAAAGGCAGCUUCUGCAGUCUUAUUAAGAGAGUUUGCAACUUGUCAGGGAUUAAAAAAAGGCUGAAGAUGCGGCUUAUUUAUGUGUCCUUUCCGUAUCUACAUUAUGAUACCCCAGUAUUGUACUUUCAACAAUAAAAUGUGAAAUACAAUUUUU